AUGCGCUUCUCCAUCCUCGCCUUCAUUGCCGGUGCCGCCGCCGCUCCCUUCGCUUCCACUGGAACAGAGCCCGUCUGCCCCGAUGGCCUCUACAACAGCCCCCACACCACUGGCUUCAUCGCCGGCUGCGCUGCCGCUGGCAACCAAGCCAAGUGCUGCACCAUCCCCGUUGCCGGCCAGGCUGUUUUGUGCCAGGACGUUAGCCCCGGUGCCGGCGCCCCCGGUGGCGGAUCUCCCCCCGCUACCACUCCCUCUCCUGCUCCUGCUCCUCCUGCCGAGAGCCCUGCUGUGCCCUCCGGUUGCCCUCAUUACUAG